AGUGGGGGGGGGGACACGCCGGGGGGGGGCACGGCGGCGCUGCCGGGGUUGCCGGGGCCGGGACGGCGGGGCGGCCGCUCCCGGCUGCCAUUUCAUCGCGCCGCCGCUCGGUCCCUCCAUUUUCUCUCCGGCUGCCGGCGCUGCCGGCCCCGUCCCCGCCGCCGUCCCGCGCCCGCCGCCCCCGCUCCCGCCGCCCCCCCCCCUCCAUGUAGCCCCGCGGCAGCCCCCCCCCCCCCCCGCCGCCCCGCACACGCCCAGCCGCGGGGCCGCCUCCCGGCAUGAGGAGCUGCAAGAUGGUGCGGGUGGCCAGCGUGCUGGGGCUGGUGAUGCUGAGCAUCGCGCUGCUCAUCCUCUCCCUCAUCAGCUACGUCUCGCUCAAGAAGGACAACAUCUUCGGCGCGCCCCGCGCCGCCGGCCCGGGGGGGCCACGCAUGUACAUGUUCCACGCGGGAUUCAGGUCCCAGUUCGCGCUGAAGUUCCUGGACCCUUCCUUCGUCCCCAUCACGAACUCCCUGACCCAGGAGCUGCAGGAGAAGCCCUCCAAGUGGGCCUUCAACCGGACCGCGUUCGCUCAUCAGAGGCAAGAAAUCCUUCAGCAUGUCGACGUAAUAAAAAAUUUUUCUUUGACCAAGAAUAGCGUUCGGAUUGGACAGCUGAUGCAUUAUGAUUAUUCCAGCCAUAAGUACGUUUUCUCUAUCAGCAAUAACUUCAGAUCACUGCUUCCCGACGUGUCGCCGAUCCUGAACAAGCAUUACAACAUUUGCGCCGUGGUUGGAAAUAGUGGGAUCCUGACUGGGAGUCAGUGCGGGCAAGAAAUAGAUAAAUCUGAUUUUGUUUUUCGUUGCAAUUUUGCUCCAACUGAGGCUUUCCAAAAAGAUGUCGGAAGGAAAACCAACCUUACGACCUUCAACCCCAGCAUCCUGGAAAAGUAUUACAACAAUCUUUUGACCAUUCAGGAUCGCAACAACUUCUUUUUAAGUUUGAAAAAGCUUGAUGGGGCCAUUCUUUGGAUCCCCGCUUUUUUCUUCCACACGUCAGCAACGGUCACGAGAACACUGGUUGACUUCUUUGUUGAGCAUAGAGGGCAACUAAAGGUCCAGUUGGCUUGGCCAGGAAAUAUCAUGCAGCAUGUUAACAGAUACUGGAAGAACAAACACUUGUCACCCAAGCGGCUGAGCACAGGUAUUCUCAUGUAUACCCUUGCUUCUGCCAUAUGUGAAGAGAUCCACUUGUACGGAUUCUGGCCCUUUGGGUUUGACCCCAACACGAGGGAGGACCUCCCGUACCACUACUAUGAUAAGAAGGGAACAAAGUUCACGACCAAGUGGCAGGAGUCCCACCAGCUGCCUGCAGAGUUCCAGCUGCUCUACAGGAUGCACGGUGAAGGACUGGCCAAACUCACCUUGUCGCAUUGUGCCUAAGAACCUAAAUCUUGAAGUGCCAAAUGAUUGUCUAAAAAGUGCCCAAAACCGAAUUAAACAUUCUUCAGAUAUAAUUCUAAAAAAAAAAAACCCACCCUAAAAUAUUUUCCAUAAUAUAAAGAUGCUUUUUAGUCACCUUCAUCAAAGGGUUUAAGCAUAUUUAGCAGUGCAGAAGCAUUUAUCGAAUUCUGUGGAUGCUGUUCAUGCAGCAGCAAAUUUGAAAUAUUUUGCAUUUAUAGAUAUGCCUCUAAGUAUGUUUUAAGAUAUUUUCAUAUUUUAGCAUUCCACUAAAUGCCCUAAAUCUCUUAAUUUUAUUGUUCCUUCCCGAUUAGAACUAGAAAUGCUAAUUUUAAAAGGUUUUGCUUCUUUUGUAUAUGUUGCUUUCAAUAGCUCAGCGUACAUAUAUUGCUGUGGCCGAUCGAGAAAGCCACUCUGAAUUCCAGUUCAUUGCCACUUGCAAGUUCUUCAGCGUGGAUCCUGAUUUCCACCGCUUGCAUAUUUUCAUAUUUACUGAAUUUUACAUUUUUUAAAGAAUAAUGUGAAGAAGAAGGUCACAAUAUGGCUCGUACCUUAGCUAGGCGUUUAUAUCGCUCUCAGAAUACUUCAGCGUUUUAAUUCAAUUCGGGCCAAAUCCUGGUCCAAAUUAGACAGGCUGAAACAUGGUCAUUCCCAUCCGUGUGAUAGUAUUUGGUUUUAAAGUGAAACCACCACAAUAAAGAGCAUUAGGCUUCUCUGGAGACGUGUUGGGUGAGAAGAGCCCCAAACCCCGGCGCAGGCACCGUUCCCUCUGCGCCUGCUCUCCGCACCCUCCGACGACGGGGGGGUCCUUGGGGAGGACGAUCCCCCCGAGCGGGGAGCACGGGGGCUCCCGCCCGUCCCUUUGCACCCGCCGAGACCACCGGCGCUCCCCGUUUUCCCCUCUCCCUGUGUGCACGGUCCCGCCGCGGGCUGCACCCUGCAGCGCGGUGGGGCACGGAGCCGGCCGGGCGCCGCGGCCGCCCCGGUGAGUUCUGCCGGCUGGGACCCCAUGUUUCCCCUUGCAGAGCUGCACGAGCAGGCUCUCUCUGUAUUUCAGUACGUCCUGCCCAAAACGCCGUCCGUCCCGUGGCGGCGAUGGGGCGUAUUGCCCAGCGAUGCCGGGUCUGUGGGGAGCGGUCAUAGCCCGCUUCAUUAGCCCAAUUGAUGGCGACGGGGCAGACGGGCAAGCGGGGCUGGCUGGGCAGGGACCGACUGGCCGGGCGGUAACGGCAGCCUGGGCGCCGGGAUUUUUAGAAAUGGUUUUUAAAGGGAAGUGAGCACGGCAGGAGCGCAGGGAAGAGGAAGUACAGUUACCAGAUUUCCCCAUUUACAUCUCUAAAUCCGUGGUCAGACAGGUGAAUUAGUGGCCCCAUUUUCCACUCACCAACAGCCACCCAAGGCAGCCAAAGGAAGACACGGCUUCCUCAGUACCACUGAAAAUCAGGCUGUUUGUGGACAGGACAAACCUUAGGGUCACUUAUGGUUUGAAAAUGUUGGCCAUUAUGUCUCAGGAUAAAGGAGCCUGUAAAAUAACUGGGUUUCUUAUUACAACAAGUAUACUUACAAGUAUUUUAACAUUUUUCUACUGUUCUGUAUGACACUGAAAACUGACUAUACACUGAAAGAAGAUGCAAAAUCCAAUUUAAAACCAUACUUUAAAAUGGCACAUUUUAAUUUUUCUCAUCCUCUUUACCUACAAGCAGACGUAGGAGGUGAGGAAGGAGAUCUCGAGUACAGCACCAAACCUGAGCGGCCCGGAGCAUCUCCCGCCGCAGCACCGCAGCUCCCCUGGCCCCUGAAGCUGGGUCCCCCCUCUCCCCCAUGCCCCGGGUGGAGAAGGAGCUGGCGGCUUUCUUCACCAUUUUCAUUAUCCCACAUUUUCUGGCUUUUGCUUUUUCAAAGGCUGUUCAGGGCUGGGGCACGCUGCAGGGGGGGCUUGGGUCUCCCCCGUGCUGCAGCGUGCACAGACCCGCUCCCGCAGGGAACCGCGGCGCUUCCCUCCCCAGCCGCCAAGCCUGGCUCAGCGUUCCCGGCGGCUCCGGCUCCCCGUGCUGUCGUGUCGGUCCUGCGCUCAUCACCGUUCCUACAGCAGAGUACGACCUCUAGCAACUGUUAUUAUGAAGACAUAGUUGUGCAGUGAUGGUGGUGUCUUAUGCCGUAUGGUGCCAUACGAGUUGUUCUUGAUAUUAUCACGUAUUAUUUGUGUCGUAGUCGCGCGCGAGGGCCCCGGCCAGGGAGCGGGGUUUGGCUGUGCUGGGCGCAGACCCCUGCAGAAGCGGGAAGGACCGAGUGCCCCCGACCCCCGCGGGCCCUGUCGGCGAGGGUUGCGGGAUCGCAUCCUCUGGACGCCUGGACCGCGUGUCCGAGCGGGUAGCGGGGACCUGUGGGGCCGGGAGCGGCCGGGCAGCACCAGUCCCGACAGAGUCCUGCGGGAGCCCUUCUCUAAGUACUGGAGCACACGGAUUGGUUUUGCCCAAAAACAGAAAAAGAGAAGUUGUGCAGGAAAGGAAGAGUUCUGAACUAGUUGUUAAUGAAGUACAGUAACGAAUCAUUCCCGAUAUCAUUUCCUACUGAGCUGUACAGCAGACUCACGUUCGCUAAGGCAGGCAGAUCGCUUUGCAGGUCACUGAGGCACAUGGUGAAGGUGUGCCCAGUGGCCAGGAGCCAGCUCGGCAAAGAGCCCACCGGGGGACAAGGGCCACCCUGAACCCUGAGUGAUGCCUGUUGGCUUGUGGUUAGUGCCAGAUAUUUUAAUUAAGAGGCAUUUUAUCAAUUUCAUGUAGGGAGCGAUCAUUUUUAAUUAGCAAAUUAAAGAAAUGUGAACUAUUAUUAUUCUAUUGGCAUGAAAGCAGAGGCCAAUGUGCUCUAUACAGUUUUCGGCUACUGGCUCCCAAUGGGAAAUUGCACUGGCAGAUCCUGCUUGGCUGCUGCACGGCGUUUACAUGACAUAACUACUUUAAAUUAGAUGUAGUCGCAAGUAAGCAUUCAUUAGCCUGAACAUAACGUAUUUCCAUCCGUGCACCUCGUGCGUCUCCAGAAGGCCCUUUUUGCAAUGGGGAUGCUCAGCCUGGGGCGAGAUGGUUCAUGCACAUCUCCCCCAGCGGCUCCAUGCACCUCCUCCUCUGACGGCAGCGGGACCGCUGGCAGGGCACGGAUGCUGGCAAGAGCGUGGGACGUUAGCACGUCCAGUGCAGAAACAGAUGCAUGUGCCGAGUAACUGCAUAGUGAAACCGGGAUGGGAAGGUCUCCAGAGUCAAACUGGCUGCGGGUGCACUGUGAGAUGCUGGGAAGCCGUAUGGGAUGGGCUACUUGCUCGGACCCAACCCUGUCCCCAGCGUCCCCAGAGAGGGCUGGUGGCAGAAGUGGGUUUCCCUGUGCUGAAGGUGCUGCAAGGGCUUGCGUGGCUGCCGCGCCUGAGCGGCAAAGCAUAUGUGGAGCUGGUUCGGACAGAGCUGCAGUGUCCUCCCUCUGCCCGAGAGCCCGUGCGGGAGGAGAAGGUGUUGGUUCUGGCAUGCCCGAGGGCCUCGGUUGGUCGUUUCUGAGCAGUACACAUCAUCUCUCCUGCUUUAGAGCACCCGGGAGAGAAGACAAAAUGUAAAAAUUAGACGUUGAAACCAAAAACCUAAAUUGCGCCGAGGUAGUUUUUUCAUUUUUCAUAAUUUAUAUUUUUAAAUUUGAUUUCCCUUCCUAAUCAUGGUAAACUUGGGAAAACUGCCCACAGCUGGAAUUUCUGUUCUCCCCACAACUCGCACCCCCAGCCUGUUUCCCACGGCUGUGCUCGGGAGGUCUGCGACGCCCCGCUCACCCCCAGCCCGCAGAGCACCAGGGAUGCAGCACGUGCCCCCAGAUUGUGGAGAGGAUGGUGAUGGAAAGGUGUUUUAAUGCACAGUACCUUAAUUUGAUCUUGCUUUAUUUAAGCAAACGGAGUCUCAGGUUCAUCCUGCUUGCAGUGAGGUCCCGUUAUGACUGAAGGCAGCAGAUCCUGCUGGGGGGGGGUCUCUGGGGGGACCCCCGGCACUCUGCAGCCCCCUCCCACCCCUGCAGAGGGGGUACGGUCCUGGGGGACGGCCCUGGCAGCACAGCUGGAACUUUCCAGAGGCACAAAGAGGCACCAACUGCAGAGAAGGAAGCAUGAAAACAACUGCAAAUAUUCGGAAAUGGGAAUACAGAAAAAUUAUUGACAGAGCGCCAUAUUAUAUCAUUGAUUUUUAAGCAAAACUCCCCAUUGAUUUUUCAGAACCACAUUGAACAUUUCAGAAUCAUUGAUUUUAAUGGGGAGUUCUGCCCCAAAAUCAAUGGCGCAAUACAGCCCAAAGUAAAUUGCUUCUUAGUAUCAAUAUUUUUUGUCCAAGCUCUUGCAAUAUGGAAAACCGUCUCAAAAUGUGCAUCUUUUGUUUUUGCCUGUUUUCUUAGAUGCUCUUUGAAUUCUGCUUUUAUAGUGAGACCAGAGGGGAAGGGCAGCUUGUGCCGACCCGUGAGACCAGCAGCGGCCCAGGGUGGGCUCUGCUCCCCCAGGCAGGGAAAGACCCUGGUGAUACCUUGCACUCAGACCGGGCUCUUUCCCAAACCCCGAUUUUCAGGGGCACUGUGCAUCCCAGAGCGGCAAAGUGGGGUGACCCCCCCAGUGUUUGCACUGACAGGUCUGGGCUUGGUGUCCUUUUCUCACUGCGCCGGGCUUAUGGCACACGUAAUUCUGGUUCUGUAGAAAAUGAGGUCUCCCUUUGAGCUGGUGGAAGUCAGUGCUGGGUGGCAGGGAGGAGCCCUCGGCGCUGGCUCACGUCCCUCAGCUCCGAGGUGCCCUCGGAGAAGGUCCAGGCUUGGCCGCUCGUGGUGGGCUGCUGCACUGCGGGAGGAAGGCGAUAGAUUGUGGCGGGGUCUGACGGAGAGGUGAGGACUGGAGGGUGCUGAGAAGACAGCAGCUGAGGAGGAGAGGCUCUCUGGAUCUGCCUCUUUCCGGCAGAAAACGCUUUUCCAUUAAAUAAGCAAGUGGCUCCCGCCGGCGAAUGCGGCUCCCCGGGACAGGGAGAUGCCGGCUGCCGCCCUCCUGCUCAGGACAGUAAAUGGAACCUGCAUUCCGUGUCACCUUGGCUAGACUCUUCCUUCCCUUCUGUUCAGCCCAAAAUCUUCCUGCCUCUGUCUACCCAAACGAAUUCCUGAUGGUUCAGGGAAAAUACUCGCUAUCGUUACUGAAUGUCUAGACAAGCAAAUAUAGCUAACUGCAAGUAUGCGUAAUGCAACGUGAUCAAUAUUUGUAAGUACAAAACAUUUUAGUUUACAAAAUCAAGAGAAGUCCUUCUGACUAGCUCCAAGGGAAGGGUCUGGCGGGACGCAGACCCCACUCGGCCCUGGGCUGCCAGGACAGUGACCCAGGCGCUGCGGGCAGCUGGAGGCGAGCGGUGGCCGCAUCCUGCUCCAGCCCCUCUGACGAUGGGAUGGGUGCUGAGGACCCGCACCCGCAGCAGGGACCGUCAGUGGGAGCUCGGGGCGGGCGCUGUGUGGGGCUGGGUGCUGCAGUCGGGCGGGGGAUCGGGCCGCCGGGCAGGGGAUGUGAAGAGGGGGUGUACAUAGGAGUGGAAAUACAUGUGUUACCUUCUCUUCUUUUAUACAUCUUGGGUUUGUAUUUUCGUUGCUUGCAUCUUUUCAGUGAAUGGUAGCAAGAUACAUUAAAACAAAGUCAUUUUGGCUACCGGGUUUAAUCGUGGAGUAUACCAAAAAGCAAGCGUUUGUGAAAUAAAACUAACUGUGAAUGGAGGUUGCAAAAAACAGAUCGUUUAGAAAAAAGCAGGUUUUCUGUAAAUUAAUGUGUCUUUAUUCUAAUGGCUAUACAGUUCAAUGCCUGAUGGAGUUGUUUUCAAUAAAAAAAGAUAAAUAUUUUAAAAAAAAGAAAAAAAAAUGCCAUAAUUGUAAUAAAGGAUUCAUUAUUUAAUGCCCAUACUAAAAGCAUUAUUUAUUUUUAAAUGGCUAAUGUUCAUAAAGGGCCAGGGCACAGUCUCAGGUGAACGGCAAAGCCGCACAUGGUGUGAAAUACGUUGCAAGCAAAGCUGGCGUUCAGCCUGGCUGCCUCUGUGGUGUCGGCGGGACCGGGAUCGGGCCCGCAGGCUGAUGUGUUUUGUGCCAGAUGUGGUGCCAGCCCCCCGGCCCGAGCGUGGCUUGCACAGCGCAUCGUGUCUGUGAACACGUGGGCACGCUGGUGAGCAAGGCCCUGGCUCUUCUCGUGACAGAGUACCGCAUCCUCGUCGUGAGCAUCGUUUGUGGAGAACAACUCGAUGAUUCAUUUGGGAUCUCUCAGCAAUGUGAUUCUUUGGUGUGAAUGUGCCUGCAACAUUGACUCAUGUGCCAAAACACAAUAUUGAAUGCAUUGUUUUUAAAUAAAAUGUUUUAUUGUGCAUUGAAGCCUGUAAAA